CGGUUUAGCAACGAACCUCAGCUUCGGAACCCCAUUCAUUCAAAUUCUCCCAUCUUUCAUCUUCCACUGUUAAAAACCUUGUUGAACCAGUUCACACUCUCCCUCUUCUUUUUCUAUUACUUUCGAUCUUUCUUUCAGCGAUUCAGUGUUACAAGUUUAGUGUGAGACUUUGUUGAAUUCGUUUGUUUGACAUCUUGUCAAAUUUCGUGCCUUGCUGCAGUCAUGGCGCAGAGUAAUUGGGAAGCAGAUAAGAUGCUUGAUGUUUACAUAUAUGAUUAUUUAGUGAAGAAAAAGUUGCAUAACACUGCCAAGUCAUUCAUGAUGGAAGGGAAGGUUGCUCCUGAUCCAGUAGCAAUUGAUGCUCCUGGAGGUUUUCUUUUUGAGUGGUGGUCUGUUUUCUGGGACAUUUUUAUUGCGAGGACAAAUGAUAAACAUUCUGAGGCUGCUAAUGCAUAUUUACAGGUACCUCCCUUCUCUUUCCGUGGUUUUAACGGUGUUAGAUAUAAAAAUGUUCAUGAGCUUUCACCUAAUAGUUUAAGCCUUCACCAAAAUGGUAGUUUGUUGAUAAUAUUUAUAUCAAGUAGUUGUUUUCCCUUUUUUGGUGAGCUGCAGGCUCAACAUAUUAAAGCGAAGGAACAACAACAACAACAACUGCAAAUGCAGCAGUUGCAACUAGUACGUCAGGCUCAGCUGCAAAGAAGAGAUCCUAAUCAUCCUCCCCUUGGAGGUUCUGUAAAUGCUAUUACUACUGAAGGAGUGCUUGGGCAAUCUACUGCCACUGCUUUGGCUGCAAAAAUGUAUGAGGAACGGAUGAAGCAAAACCCCAUGGAUACAGAGACAUCCCAACCACUUCUAGAUGCUAGAAUGGCCCUUUUGAAAUCAACAAACCAUCCUGGUCAGAUGGUUCAAGGAAACUCAGGAAGUGUGACAGCAGCUUUGCAGCAAAUCCAGGCUCGAACUCAGCAAACCCCUGAAAUCAAAGGUGAAGUCAAUAUGGGCACCAUACAGAGAUCCUCGCCUAUGGAUCCUUCUUCAAUUUAUGGGCAGGGAGGAAUCCAGUCAAAGCCUGGAAUCACCAAUGCAGGACUAACUCCAGGAGUUGGUGGUCUGACAUUGAAAGGAUGGCCUUUAACUGGCAUAGAUCAAAUGCGUCCUGGUUUUGGAGCACAAGUUCAAAAGCCUCUCCUUCAUGGUGCAAAUCAGUUUCAGCUUUUGCCACAACAACAACAGCAGCUCCUUGCACAGGUCCAGGCACAAGGAAAUAUUGGCAAUUCGGCAAUGUAUGGAGAUAUGGACCCACAACGAUUAAGGGGAUUAACUAGGGGAACUUUGAAUGCGAAAGACAGUCAACCAAUUGCAAAUGAUGGAUCAAUAGGGUCUCCAAUGCAAUCCACUUCAUCUAAGAUCAACAUGCCACAGAUCCAACAAUCCACCUCCCAGCAACAACAAGAUCCUUUGCAUCCACAGCAACUGAAUCACCGAAAAAGGAAAGGGCCUACAUCUUCUGGAGCUGCUAACAGUACUGGUACAGGAAAUACACUUGGCCCUUCUAAUUCUCAACCAUCAACUCCAUCUACUCAUACACCUGGUGAUGGAGUUGCUAUGGCGGGUAACUUGCAGAAUGUUGCUGGUGUAGCCAAAGGUUUGAUAAUGUAUGGUACUGAUGGAGGUGGUGGUCUUGCAUCUUCCAACCAGCUGUUGCAGGAUGACAUGGAACAUUUUGGAGAUGUUGGCUCCUUAGAUGAUAAUGUGGAAUCAUUUCUCUCACAGGAUGAUGGUGAUGGAAGGGACUUGUUUGGCACGUUGAAAUGGAACCCUUCUGAGCAUGCUACAGAUGCUUCAAAAGGCUUUUCCUUUAGCGAAGUUAGUUCUAUACGCAAAAGCAACAGCAAAGUUGUUUGCUGUCAUUUCUCUUCAGAUGGGAAAUUAUUAGCUAGUGCUGGACAUGACAAAAAGGUUGUUUUGUGGAACAUGGAAACACUGCAAACAGAGAGCACUUCGGAGGAGCACACUCUUAUUAUUACUGAUGUUCGCUUCAGACCAAAUUCAACUCAACUGGCAACGUCUUCAUUUGAUACAACUGUGCGGCUUUGGGAUGCUGCAGAUCCAAGCUUUUCGAUACAGGCAUAUAGUGGUCAUGCGUCACAUGUGCGGUCCCUUGAUUUCCACCCAAAGAAAAACGAUUUUUUCUGUUCUUGUGAUGCUAACAAUGAGAUUCGCUUCUGGAAUAUUAGUCAAUAUUCUUGUACUCGUGCUUUUAAGGGAGGAUCCACGCAAGUGAGGUUUCAGCCAAGGAUUGGACAACGUUUGGCUGCAGCAUCUGGCAGUGUUGUGUCUCUCUUUGAUGUGGAGACUGACAGGCAGUUGCACUCAUUACAGGGACAUUCUACAGAUGUACAGUGUGUCUGCUGGGAUACAAAUGGAGAUUACUUGGCAUCUGUGAGUCAAGAAUCUGUCAAAGUGUGGUGUCUUGCCAAUGGAAAUUGCGUUCACGAACUUAGUUCCAGUGGAAACAUGUUUCAUUCUUGCGUUUUUCACCCGAGCUACUCCAAUCUCAUGGUCAUUGGAGGAUACCAGUCAUUGGAGCUGUGGGACAUGACCGAGAAUAAAUGUAUGACAAAACCAGCUCAUGAGUGUGUGAUAUCAGCUCUAGCACAGUCACCAGUGACGGGGAUGGUUGCUUCAGCCAGUCAUGACAAAUCUGUAAAGAUUUGGAAAUAAAAUUGAUUCUUCUGCGGUUCAAACAGCAAGUUCAAGUGUUCUACCUGUUAGGUUAUCUUAAGGACAGUACCAGUCCGAAUAAAGAACAGGAACGAAGAAAUUACAAAGAUGAGCAUGGGAGAGAAGAAUCCUCCAUGUAUUCCCCCUCCCCUCCCCCCUUCGUAUUCUCAAUUCCUUCAUUAUCUAUUGUGAUAAAUGGCUUGUGCAUUUUCUCUGUUGACAGGUGUAUAGUUUGGCCCAUCUUUUUCUCUCUCUGUUUUAUUUAAUUUAAAAUUAAAAUCCUUGGUUGCUCGCCAAAUAUUGUGCAAAGGGUUUUGUCAAUAUUAUAGCAUCUUUUGAAGUCCAAAACUGCAUGUUUUGCCAAGUUUUAUUGACUUUUUACUGAUUAGAAAAUUACAUCAAUUAAUGUGUAAUCAUUAUAAAACUUGAUGGUAUUGACUGGUUUGACUGGUUGGAGAAG